ACUAACCGACAAUAUGUGUGGCGUAAUUAUCGCGUUGUUAUAGAUAUUGGGGCCAUAUAUAUUAGACUUGCGGACCAACACAACGCAUCUCAACCCCUAUUCAUAUACAUGGCAUACCAGGCCGUACAGCCUACACAAGAUCCGAUACCUGAGCCCAACAUGAAAUUAUUCUCAAACAUUGGGUCUGAGGACAGGCGACUAUUAGCCGCAAUGGUCUAUAGUAUGGACGAGUCGAUCGGCACUAUUAUGGAGGCCCUGCAUAGCAAACAUAUGCUCGACAACAGUAUUGUUAUAUUUAUUAGCGAUAACGGGGCUCAACCCCGAGAGUUUGAUCAUAACAUACAUCCGCCAACUAAUGAUGGCUUAAAUUUACCCUUAAGGGGCGGCAAAAGCUUGUUAUACGAAGGAGCAUUACGAGUGCCGGCACUUGUGUGGAGUCCACUGCUAAACAAAAGUGGUUACGUAUCGCAGGCUUUGGUUCACAUCACUGACCUUUUGCCCACUGUUUUGGACGCUAUAGAUGGCACCGGAAUUGAUGACCAGGAUCAUAUUUAUGGUAUAUCCCAAUGGCAUGUCCUGUCAAACAAUGAACGCCCAGUUCGGUGGGAAGUCCAGCACAAUGUCGACCAGUUGUGGAAUUCAUCGGCCAUACGAUGGUAUGACUGGAAACUAAUUCAAACCAGAAAGCAUUUCGGGCCAUCACUGGCCGAUUACGGCCCCUAUACUCAGCCACUGUUAACCGAAACCCUAUCGUUUCCAACCCGUCGGUCAACACAUCGGCUAAAUAGCAAAAUGUAUGGCGUGUUAACACAGAUGGGGAGAAGACCGGACUAUACAGUGUUGACCGAAUCUGAAGUUGAGUGCCGACCGGUGCCCGACUCACACCUCCGGCCCGAAUGUAUGUCUGAUUAUUGUCUGUUUAACGUAAGACACGAUCCGUGCGAACAGCACGACCUCAUUGGCCAAAUGGACCGCCGAUUUGUGCAAUUCUUGCGCCACAAAAUGGUUACAUUUAACGCCACUUCGGUUUCGCCUCUAAGUCUUAUACCCGAUGAUCCCAAAGCGGAUCCUAAACUAUAUAACUAUACAUAUACUAUCAUGAAACUGAACAUGGUCAAGCUAAUAUAU